GCGGUCUUGGAUCCGUGCCCAGGAAAGCCAUUCCUAGAGACUCCAGAAGGAGGUUGAGGGCUUGGCCCUCCACCGGGCCUGCAGGCUCCAGUGAGUCUGCGCACUAGUACUCAUCUCUCGACCCUGAGGGAGGGCUGUUGCCCUUGACAACCCAGGCGGCCUGAGGAGCUUGACCACCAGCUGAGCGCUAGACUGCGCUGCUGCCUCUGAUGGCUAUGCAGCCAGGUCCAGCACUGAGAGCACCGUCCACCGUGAUCUGUCUCUUCAGCCUGGGCCUGGGCCUGACAGGGUGAACUGGAUCCUUGGGACUUGGAACAAGUGAAAUGUGAGAAAUCUGUUAAUAAAGAUAUCACCGAAGGUUAGAAACAAAAUCAACCAGAGGAAAUUCUGAAAGUAUGGGAUGUAGAAAUUCAAAAAUAUCUUCAUCAAAUACUGUUGUCUUAGGGGUUAUCCAGAUUAUGCUUGGCGUCUAUCAUGUACUCAUGUGGUAUUUCCUAUUGCUAUUGUAUAUGGGACAAAUUAAAGGAGUAUUUGGGACUUAUGAACCUUUAACUUACAAAAUGGGAACUGGUUUGUGGGGACUUGCUUUUAUCUUUUCAGGAACCUUCACAAUAAGAGCAGCAAAGGUUCAAAAUAAUAAAUAUUUGCUUCUCUGCGCCCUGUCCCUGAACAUACUCUGUAUAAUUGUUACGAUCAUUGCGGCCAGCCUGACAAUCGUGGAAUUGGCUCAUUUCCGGUCUGUGUCAUAUAGGAAUUAUGGACAAGCAAUCAGUGCCUUGUCCAGUCAUCCUCAGAGACAGUUCCUUCGGCAGCAGAAAAUGGGAGAAGGUGCAGAGACCCAUAGCCAGACAUUAUGCGGAGAGUUAAAUUGGAGGUGUCCACUGGGUCCCUCCUCUCAGAACUCAGGAAACUCCACAGAAGAGGGAGAGGAAAGACUGCGGGAGUCAGAGCACAUGGAGAACUCUAGGAGAACAUAACUCACUGAAUCAGCUAAGCAGGGCUCACAUAGGCUCGCAGAGACAGGAGCAACAAGCAACGUAUCUGCAUGGGUCCGCACCGGGUCCUCUGUGUAUGCUACAGCUGUUAACGCGGUGUUUUGUGGGACUCCUAACAGUGGGAGCAGGGAUGUUUCCUACUCUUUCGUCUUCUCUUGGGAUUCCUUUCCCCCAUUAGGUUGCCUUGUCUUGUCUUGAUAGGAGGGAUUUCACCUUGUCUUGUUGUGUCUUGUUUUGUUCUGUUUGGUUGUCAUCUCUUGGAGACCUGCUCUUUUCUGAAGGGAUAUGAAGGGGGAAUGGAUCUGGGGGAUGGGAAGCGGGUAUCUGGAGGAGUAGAAGAGGGGAAACUGGUCAGGAUGGAUUAUAUGAGAGAAAAAUCUAUUUUCAAUAGAACAAAUAAACUAUUGGCACUUAGAAAAAUAAUUAAUAAAAACAUUUCAAUGUAAAAAAAGAAGCAACACCAAGUUGAGUUGCACCUGUUUGUCAUUACCUCUGUCACAGAGUACCAUGCCAACCCUCUUUGUAUAGGCUCCU